CGAGGGGUGGAGACGGACCUAUGGAGGUGGUGGAGGCAGGAUGGAUUUGGACGGAGCCGCACUCGAAACGGUUGAAGUUGAAGUUGACGGUUCGAAAAGAGGUACUGAACGGCGUGAUGGUGCAGCAAAGGGUGCAAGCCGAGUUUGUCGUGCGGACCAUACAGUGCGACGCCUGCGCCCUGUCCUACACGGAGCAGGCCUGGAAGGCCGUGUGUCAGCUUCGACAGCGGGUUACCCACAAACGGACUUUUUUUUUCCUGGAACAGCUCCUUCUCGCCCGG